CGGGGACGACGCCGAGGCCAUCCCGCUGCCGCCGGGUCCGGGCGAGAGGCAGAGCCCGCCGAGCGAGCGUUAGACCGUCCCGAGAGGAGCAGCAGCCCCGCCGGCACCCCCCCCUCCCCCCUCGCUCCCCCUUCCCCAUGGAUAAGGGGGGCUCGCUGCACACCUCGGUGCCCACGCCGCCCCCCCGCCUCUACCUGCCCCGCAACUUCAGCUGCAGCGCCUGCCUCUAUGGCAGUCUGGCCGAGCAGUGCAAGGGGGGGUGCAGCCCCGACGGCGACGCCGCGCCGCCCCCUCCCAGCCCCACCGUGGUGCGGGAAGCGGCGGGCGAGAAGCCCCGCGGCCGGGAGCCCUCGCUGCCCGCCGUGCCCCCCAGCCCCACCCAGCGCCGCCGCGCCAAGUCGCUGCCCACCCCCGGCGACCGCAGCCUGCGCCCGGCGCUGCAGCAGAGCCCCUCUCGCCGCAAGACGGUGCGGUUCGCCGACUCCCUCGGCCUGGAGCUCACCUCCGUCCGCCACUUCUGCGAGGCCGACCUGCCGCAGGUCCCGCUGCCGCCGCCGCCGCGCCCCGCCGACCUCCUCAAGACCAGGAAGCCGCCGGCGCUGGGCGACCUGGAGCCGGUGCUGUUCGGGCCGCCGCCGCCGCUGCUGGAACCGCUCUUCCCGCCGCAGCCCGGUGCCAGCCCCGGCUUCGCCGAGCGGGUGCGGCAGCACAAGGUGAGGCUGGAGUGGGUGCGGGCCGAGCCGGCGGGGCUGCGCGGCGCCGUCCGCGUCCUCAACCUGGCCUACGAGAAGGCCGUGUCGGUGCGCUACACCCUCAACCGCUGGGCCAGCUGCGCCGAGGUGCCCGCCGCCUACCAGCCGGCCGGCCCGGCGGACGGCCUCACCGACCGCUUCGCCUUCCUCCUGCCCCUCGGCCCCGCCGCCGCCGCCGCCGAGGCCGCGCUGGAGUUCGCCGUCCGCUACCGCGUCGCCGGCGCCGAGUACUGGGACAACAACGAAGGGGCGAACUACCGGCUGAGGGGCCGCCAGCGCGGGCUGCCCGCCGCCGGCCCGCUGCAGGACCCCGACAGCACCGCAUGGAUCCACUUCAUCUGAGGCGGGGGGCGGCGGCGGCACCCGCGGGGACCGGUCCCGCCCGUCCUGCGGGGCCAUCGAGCCCGGUCCCGCCCGUCCUGAGGGGCCGGGGGCCGGCGGGACCCCUCACGGGAGGGUCCGGCACCCGGCCCGGGCUCUGCGGCCCAGCGCAGGCCUCGCGUCCGGCCGCUUCUCUGUAAGUCGCCAGAACAUAUUUUCCUGAAUUCUGUUUACAGAGGGAAAAUUUAUAUUUUCUAUUUCGCUCACAACGCCGAGGGGAAACCCUCCCAGGUGUUGGCGGGGAGGCUGGGCCCGGUUUCCACCUCAGUCUCCCGGUGUGCUGUGGCUGCCACCACCGCAGCUGCCCCGCCGGGCUCUGGAGCGGGAAUUUGCGGAAUUUACUGGCAGGGACCGGGAUCCGCAGGUGCAAGGAAAUGCUGGCGGAGGUCAGGAUCGUCUGCUGUCACCUCAGCGGGGUCAGGCGCAGGUGACAGGGAGGACAGUGUCAAGGGGCAUCCGUCCGGCCAUCCUAUAUGUCUAAUCCUGCUUAAGCAAAGCCUGGCUCCGGCGAGGUGCUGGCUCCCUGUUCAGAGCCUCGCUGACCCACUCACAUUAAUUGCCCUGUGGGGUUAAGGGCCUGACAGGGCAAGGUUAAGGGACAAAUUACAGUUUUGAACCGAAAAAGACAAGAGUGUGGAUGCCCCCAGGUGUAGAGUGUUUCAUCAUGCUGUAAAAAUGAUUGCUUGGUUUAAAACAAAGAUACAUUUAUAUUUUGUUUUUAAUUUUGAACCCUGUUUCAUGUGUUUCAACAAGUUAGAAAAGAAAAAUAACAUCACAUUCUAAUUGAAAUGCGACCCACUGAGAGACUUCUUUUAAAAAGCAAGUGUUCUGUUGUAAAAUUCACGUGGUAUGUUGUUGUAAAGGGUUGUCAAGGUCUGAUGUUUGUUGCAGUUGGAUUGGUCCCACAAAGCUGCUUGUGCACCAUUCAGCAGGAAAGUCGUGGAAUUGCACCAAAGGAACAAGAGAUGGCAAGAGUAGAAUCCAUAAUUUUAGUCUGCUUCCCCAGCAACGCUUUCAGUUUUAUUCAUGUUAACAGUUUAAUUGGAUUUCUUAUGCGAAGGUAUCGGUGCAGGAGCCUGCUUUCUGAAAAAUGAAAUGCUCUAAAUGUUUCAUAAUAAGUUCAGUAAGAUUUCCCAAAACUGGCUAAAUUUAGUCAGACAAACUGAAGAAAGUCGUAUCUUGCCAUAUAAAAAUGUAUCAAUUAAAAAUUACUGAGCAUGCUGGCUUCUUCCUUCAAAAGUAUGUUUUAAAUUAUUUCAGCAGUAAGGGUUGCAUCUUGCUUUUUAAACUUGCUUUUUCAGGACUUCAGCUGAACACAGGUCGGGCUGGUGCCAAAUCUGGGUGCUAAUUUUCCAGGAUUUAGGUGUGUAUGUGUUUGCAGGAGAGAGACCUCUACAAAUAUGACUUCUGAGAGUGGUAAAACCCAUGUCAGUGUGAUUUUCUGAUGAUGAAGGGCUGUAAGAUCAGGCCUUUAAACGUUUUGGAUCUUCUGUAGAUUGUUUAGGAAUCAAAUGUGAUUUUUUUUUAACUGCAUUUUUGUGUUCCUUGAAAAGGUUUAAGUGUCCAAAAUGGCUUGAGUAAUGUCUAGUUCUUAUAGAACCUUUUGACUUCAGUGGGAAUUGAGAGCACUUGUCUCCUGAGGGUCUGGUUCAGUCAGAAUAAUUAAACUUAUAAAUAUGGGUGGGAGGGGGAAGGUCUGUAAACUCGGUGGGAAAAGAGUAUUUCAUUUAAUUUCUCUAGAUCACUGUUUCUGAUUUAAUAGAAAUAAUAGCAAGGCUACUUCUGUAGUAUUGGUAACUUGGCUUUAAUUUCCCAGACAGUUUUCUAAUCCCUGUGUUUUCAGUAGAAACAGAAUAUAAAGAAAUGUAGCGUCAACAUCUACUGAGUAUUUCACAUUUUAGAAUAUUAAGGCCCCGAUCUUUAUUGUAAUAAAGUAAUCCUGUAUCUUGCUAGUACACAUUUAUAAAGCUAGAAUUCCAGAACUAGCGUCUUAAAAUGUUCAUGGUUAAAGCAUUUUGAGUGGCAUAUUUGAUAAAGAAACCCCAAGUGUCUUUUAGGCAAACUUUUUUAUAAGAGCCUUAAUACUGGAGAGAAGGAAAAGGACUUGUCUCCAUUUGAAAGCACUUUGAAAUCUGGUGGAAAUAUAGCCAAACAUCUUUUUAUUUGUGUUACAGCUUUCUAAAAUGUUAUUUGCUUGGCCUUUUUUACCCAAAUAGUGAACCAUCAACUGUUACAUAGACUGAUGAAAAUGCUUGGAGAAAAAAAAAAAUAGUUUCUAUGCAUUUUAGAUUAAAUGAUGCCGCAACUUUGCUUAUAAAGAUUUCACAAGAUUUUCUGUUUUACUGUUUUAAUGGCUUUAGAAGCACGAGUGGUGCUAAAACCAUUUUUAACAGUGUAUAACUCUAAUUCCAGAACUUUAUUUUCCAGUGAAUGGCAGUUUUCAUUGUCAUUUGAUUUAUGCAGCAUCUGCAGGUCUCUAAUCGUUUAAAAAAAUGCUUAAAAAUCUCCUUAUAGCAAUUGUGGCUUCAACUCUAAAUUUGGAAUACCUAAAUGGGUGUACAUGCGUCAAGUACGCUAGCAAGUUAUCGUAUUCACCUUUUUUUUUUCCUUUUUUUUUUUCUUGACUUAGAUUAAAUUACUAUUGCUCUCGAUUGAAAUUCUGUAGGCGGAAUUUGGCUGCGGCUUUAUAAUAACUUUCAGAUGUUACCGCUCUUUGCUUUUUAUUUAUGGCCCCAUUUGUCAAAUAGCAAAUCUGAAUGUUAAACCUUUUGAGGGUGUAGCAUACCGGAAGGAUGUUUCACAAAACAGAGACUCCCGACCUUUCAAGCAGUUAAGCUGAUCCUCAACACUACAUGUCGUGGGUAACUUUAUGGGUUUGCACGUGGUCGCAGAUUAUCAAUGAUAUUUGUGCAGGUCCAGUAAAAGACACGGCCCUCUAGAAGCAUUUAUAGGCACCUACUUUUUAAAGCCUGGAUAGGUAACCUUGCGCUCAGUCAGUUUAGACUCGCGAAUGCUAUUGAUGAAGUCUGUGGAAGAAGUUUGAGGUGUUUUAAUAGAAAUUUGUCAGUGGUAUAUGCCAAAGCUGCACUACUUCAAUUACACACUCUUCACUUCAAUCACAUUAAUUGAUUUCCAAGCAAGAUCUAUUCAGUCUUCAAAAAAUAUGUUCAGUUGCAAUGACUCUGAGUAUUUCUUCCACUGGCAGCAUCCAUGUACAGUUUCCAAUCCUUUAGAUUUCAGGCUGUUGCUAUCUCUGUGGCUUGCUAGAAGCAGUGCAAUAAAUGGAGAUGAAGGAAAAAAAAAUCCCGAGUAACGAUUAUAUAGUAUUUACAUAAAUUAUGACUUUGGGGAGAAGGACCUAUGUUGAAGAGGAUAACUUUCAAGUUGGUGGGACAUCAAUCGUUUUAAUGGGAGCAAGACAACUUUUAAAAAUCACAUUUCUAAAGAACAUAGCUCCACAAAAUGAACUUUCACAGGCAAAGUAAAAUAUUUGAAAACUUUCAAGCCAACCUUUUUCUGGAAAAAAUGUCAGCUCUUUGUAUUUUUAUUUGCAUGACUAGAGCCCAUGCCACCUUCCUUUCCAAGUGAUACUAGAAUGGUUUAGGCUGGGCAAUAAUCCCUAGGUUGUCCACUUCACUUUGAAGUGAAUCAGUCAUUGCUUACGUCUCUGCAGAUGUAAAAAUGUGUCUGUCACUUAUUGUGGAAAGUUGUAGCUUUAUGAAAUGUGCCAUGUUAUUUUAUGUGCAAUAUAAUGAUACUUUGUACAGUGAGUCAAAUUGUACUGUAUGUCUGAUAUAUGUUGAUGUUUGCUGCUUCACAUUUAAACUGGUAGAUUUUUUUGCAUGUGAUUCUAUGCCUUUUGUGGCAAUAUUUUUGAAAUCUACCCUAAUUAUUAGAAACCCUAAUAGGAAUCAGAACAAUUAAGUGACUGUAAACAGAAUUUCAGCUAGCUAAACAUAGUAUUAUUUAUUAGCAUAAAAUCAGUAACUGAAACCGUCAUCCUCAUUUUCAAUAAAUGUACAUUAUUUCAGGUAAAUUAACUCUUUUCUCCUUUUACCAUUUGCAAGUAACUGUUUGAUGUGCAUGUGUGGUCCUCGGUAUCUCAGUAAACAACAGAAUAAUUGCACGCUCUUUGUUUCAGCAUAUGUGAGGGGAAAUGUUUCACUUGAAUGAACAAAUGUCUGUUCAUGCAUAAGCGUGAUCUCUUUACAGAUACAUGAAAUGCUUUUUCCGUAGGGCCAACAAGCAAACAUCUGCUAAUUCUAUAUUUUAAUGUAAAGUAACCUAUAGAAAGACUCAGAAUCUGCUUUUUAACAUAUUAUUAUAUAUAUAUAUUGAAAUUUUUACGUGCCUUUCAACAUUUUCUAGGAAGAAAUCUCAUGUGUUCCUUAGCUGUCUCACCAAAAGGCCAAUAAUGGCUUUGUCAUUAAAAGGAAAUUUAUACUAAAAAUAUAAUAAUUCUAAUUCCUGACACACUUUCAGCUGUGCCAGAAAUCCUGUGUCCUUAGCAGCCAGAAGAAUUUGAUAAUAUUUUCCCAUAUUACAGUGAAAGAAACUAGUCAGAAAUACGUCUUACUGGUAUACCUCUACAAUUAUGUCGUUAAGUAAAAAUACCCAACUGUGACUGUAGUUAAUAUAACAAAAUACACUUAUUGUAUAUAUUCACCUCUUACACAGAUAUUCUAAAUAUAUAUUCUAUCUGAAACCAAAAGUUCUAGUUUUUUAUGAAAUCUAUUUGUGGAUUUAAGCUUCUACUGUUAUUUAUUUGAUGCUGCAUAAUACAUAUCAUUAAAACUUUUGGAUGGAUUUAAUCUGUCUGCACAGUUUAUAUCAUGAGAUAAAAGUGCUCACUAUAGGAAUAUCUGAAGCAAAUGACUCUUAUCUUCCAAUUUUACUGCAUGGCUUUUUGGCAAAUCAUCAGUAAUUCUGUUUCCUGUAUGCACUUCAUGUGUACAUAACUGAGAUAUUUUUGAGGACUGAAAUUAAGGUUUUUUCAAACCUAAAUAGUUUAAGGCAGGAAGUAAAUAUAGUCAAAUUUUCUGUUAAAAAAAAAA